AUGCCACCCGAGGAAAUCCCAGGAAUGUCAUUCGAUUAUCACCAGAGCUCCGUACCAAAUUUCCAAAUGAAGAUUCCACUGCUUCUUUUCAACGACGCAGACACCCUGCUCUAUAUCGAUCCCCCGCCUGAGGAUGGGCCCAAGUGCCUACCAACAAUUCCUCUUCGCGUUCACAGUGAGAAGCUGUUGACAACGGGCUCUGCAUAUUUUGCUAAGCAAUUUACCCCGCGAUUUCAAAAACGUGUUCGGAGGCAGCGAGGCUUCGUUGAUAAACUACCGAAUGGCAUCAAAUAUUUGGUGGACUUGACUCCGGCAACCCUCGAGGAAGAUGCUAUCAUUGCUCUGACGGAGGUAUCGUGUCCCAUGGCUAUCCGAAAAUGGGCAUCGUUAGAGAGCAAAUGGAGUCUUCCAAGUUCCUGUGUUGGUGGUGAGGAUGAAUAUCAAAUGUGGGAGCGUCCGGAUCCAACAACAAUCUUUGAGCCAGUGACGAUCAAUGGCAACUUGGAGGAAGCGGAGGAUGAAUAUGCAAGUCAAGAAGAACCCGGAACAGACUCGCAGAUGCCAUCACAGGGAAAUAGGAAUACGGAGCGCCCGACACCCAGCACCAUAGUCCGAAAAGGGUUGCCCGUGGAGUAUUCCGCAGCCCGCCAUCGUGAUGGAAUUGAGCAUGUCCUACACGUCCUUGAGGGAUUAAGCAUAAGUCUAGAUACCCCUUGCAAACUAUGGACAUUCUUCGCCGUCGCCAAACUUUUCGACGUGGCCACCCUCCCAAGUAUCAGUGAAUACAUCACCUCUUGGUUUUACAACACAACCAUUGCACGGUUCAUUGAAAUCCAUCCCGCAAUUGCCUAUCGGGUCGCUUGUGGAAUCAAAUCCAGUUCCCUUUGCCGCUAUGCAUUUAGGGGACUGGUCAGUGAUGAAGCACUUCUCUACCUCAUAAGAACCGCACAAAUUAAGCCGUUGGAACGAUGGACAUCGUCAUUUACAAAUUCUCGGCUCAAUGAAGAUCUCGAUGACAACGAGAUACAACGAAUUGAGUACGCUAGCAAGGCCUUCGUGGACACAGUCGUCAAAGACUUUAUCCAUAUGGCGGGAGAGGAAAUGUCUUGGAUUGAAGGUAUCUCAGAAUGUGCAAAAUUGAACGAACACGCACGAGCUUUUCCUGAAGAUAAAGAAUUGGUCCAGGCCAUAAUCGAGAUCUUGAAAAAGUGCGCUAGACUUGCGAUUUAUCGACGUCUUGUAUUCGCUGCGGAUCCCUUGCGUUCUUGCGACGCAGUGCCGAAGAGUGCUCGCCAUUUGUCGGAUCGUCUCGAACAAAUCCGGACAAUGGUUUUACGGGCUAGGGAUCGCGCAUUCAAUUCACAGGAUUGUCUGGUCAGAUUAAUGGGGAGGAGUUUCUGGACCGAACUUGGGGAUAAGAGGCUUGCUCUUACCAUGGACUACUCGGAGGCAAUGAUUUUCCUUGACCGCGAGUGCAAACACGACUCCAUCGCCGAGAUCGGCUGUGGCUUGCUUGCAUUUCAAGGCCAGGAAAAUGCCAAAAUCAGGUACAUUGAGAGACAGACUCUAGAGGAGCGAAUCAGAGAUUUCAAUGAAUUGGUUGAACGUCGAGACAAGGAGCGGGAUGACAUCCUGAAAAUACAAAAGCAAGAGCGUACCGAAAGUGUGAAUCAGCAGUGGAAUCUAACUAUCAACCUACGCCGCCGGACUCUUCAGGGUGAUCAACCGGUCCCUUCAUCGUCGGAUGAUGCUUCUUCUACCGCUAUUGAUGUCAACCCGUUGGAAAAAACAACAUUGCCAGAACGGCCAGCAGAACGGGCAGAACAUUAUAAUUCACAGCAACCAUCGCAGAGGGAUAUAUUUUCUCUCUACAUUCCAUACCCUGACCCGGACGAGUCUACUCCCGUACAUGAACAGGGUUCGGCAUCCACUCCCACUGUUCCGCACUACGAGUCAAACAACGCGACUUCUGCUCCGAGCAAUCCUACUGGUGCCGAACCUGAAGGAAUGAAUGUGAAGAAUUUCGACCUAGACAAAUUCACUCUAUUGGCCACUGAAUACCUCUCCAAGUACUGCCGCGCGCGCCUAGACCCAACGGAUCAAACCCUCUUCCAAUACCAAAUUGGAGACAUCCUGACCUGCCUUACCAGGAAUGAAUAUCAGUACCUACCUCUCUGGGCCGACGGCAAUGACGAUGGGACAGGCGGCGUGUUCACAGACCAGGACAUUCCUAUUAUGGCAUCUGGAGGCUUUUCCGCCCCAGGCCCUCAAGUUCACACCGGCGGCGUUGCUUCCACUGAUGACUCUUUCAGUGACAUCAACCCGAGCGAUUCGCAGAGCACUGUCCAAGGCGCCUCUCACCACGCAACCAAUUCUCAUGCUUCAGACCUCAUGUCAGUAGAUUCAUACGACGAGAUUGAACAUCCAGGAUCUGUUGUGAGCCUUGAGUCACGGAACCUAGAGACGAUCCGGGUCAACCGUGACUACGGAUACUCCGUCUCAUCCGUGAAAUCGGACGAUGAAGAGUGUGAUGUUUACAGCGCUGGGGCCAGUACAGUUGUAAUGGGCUCGCCAAAGCUUUCUGGUUUCUCAGAUGAUGAAAUGGAUAUUAUGGGAAAUGAUGAAGAUGAUUUUGAUAUGGUGGAUGAUCUUAAUUAA